AUGUAUAAACGAUCCAGAAUAUGUUACGUACUAUUCUCCAGGAUUUCAUGGAGAGAAGCUUACGGGAGAUAGACAAAGAUAGAUAUGUAGAGAGAGAGAGAGAGAGAGAGAGAGAGAGAGAGAGAGAGAGAGAGAAGGUAUUGUCGUACCAAAGAAUUGCCCCUCUAUGCGAUAGUCUAAAUUCGAAGAGAAGACAAAGCCCCACGCCUCCAACCAUUCCAUCCUUCCUCCCGUUAGAGAGAAAGCCUCCCUCUUCCGGCCAAAGCGUCUGCGAAAGGUUCGUCUGAAUGGGGACAUUGUUUCCACACCCCCUGAGACUCUGCAGGGAAACUUGCGCCCGUUUUCUUUUCCUCCUGACACAGUCACCAUCGAUCCCCCGAAUCCAUCUGCAUGA